ACGCAUUCAGGUGUAUCUGGUAGGUAGGUAAGUGUCUACUGUUGAUUCUGCUCUCGACCUCAGCACUCAACACGUUACUCGCUUGAGUGUGUUCGUCCCUCGCAUCACCUUAGCUCUAGAAACGUCGAAUCGUUCUACUCUUUACCAGGACGACCGUUUACUCAGCACGCGUUGCCUUUACCCACACGCCCCUCGGCCCUGCUUGUCGGACAUAUCCCGACAGCCUGCAAAGCAGCAUUCAAUGGCGCCCCGUGCAUCGCUAAAGACUCUCGUGGGUCGACGCAGGCGGGCUGAUGGCGACGAGGAUGAGGAAUCUGUUACGGGCGUCGACGACUCACAGAGCGACGUCUCUGUUGCCAGUGACUUGGACAACACGGCCGAUGCCUUGGAUGAGGACGCUGACGCCAGCGAGUCCGGUGACACCGAAAGUACUGUACCCUUGCCAAUCGACUCCGACUUGACUCAGAAGACUGAGCGGACGCGCUCAAAGAAGUCUAAGGGCACAAAGAAGGGAAAGACACAUGCGAAUAUAAACGGAGAUCAACCGAACACCUCGUCACCAGUCGCUGGCGACUCUGCUGGGACUGAUGUGCUAGUUGUGGCAGCCGGCGCACCUAUCGUUUCGUCCGAAAGCGGUCCAGCCAGAAGAGGAGAGACGGUAGCGGAUCGUCGAAGGCGUGAACACGACGACUACAGGAAGAAGCGAGACACAGAUCCAACAUUCAUUCCCAACAGAGGCAACUUCUUCAUGCACGACGCUCGUACUUCAGAUCAACGAGGUUUCGCUUCCUACGGCCGUGGCAGGGCAGGGAGAGGGAAAGGAAUCCCUCAAGCUCCUAGCAGUCAUAUACCCCCAGCAGAGCGGACAGCAGAUGCUCCCUGGACACAUGAUCUCCAUGACACGAUCAAUGAACGUGGCGGUCCGCCUACUCGUCAGCGGCCAUCACAGAUACCCGUCAACAAUCACGAUACCACCUCUCGAGGCGCUCCUCCGGCUCAGCACAAGCCGCUGAACUUCUCCAAAACUACUCAGAUCGGUAGUGUGCAGAUACGUGUCUAUUUGCCUGAUAUGCCCGCUGCUGUUCCUUUUGCUGCCGUUCCCGUAAAUUCGCACACACGACUGCCCGACCACAGACCUCCUCUCCGCCGUGACAAACCAGUUCGCGUCUCUCUUCCUGACCACCCAGUUCGCUACGUUUUCCCGUCCGCCGAGCGCUCGUUCAUUUUCAUUCCCAGAGCACUGAGACCUAAUCAACAAGGAUUCGGCAAAGCAAGAGGUAGUUUCGGUGCAUACGGAGCUCCAUCUAGCAGACGACCUAGUCUUUACGGUGGAAGCGUAUAUUCGCAAGCCAUGUCCAUGAGCCGCAGGUCCUCACUGGCCCGUGAAGUGCCUAGAGACUCUGCAUUCUCUCCAACUGGCUCCUACACCGCUCGUGCCCCUCCAGGACCUGGUCGCCCCGUUGUUCGCCUACCUCAAGCUGGAUCCCAUCGAUCUUCCAAUCCUUCGCCUGCUGGCUCCGCUUACAGUCGAUCAUACCCUCAUUCCUAUCCUCGGCCUCAGACGCCAGCCGUCGAGCAUUGGGCUGAGCCAGACACUAUGUAUCAGCCUCGCCCGCAAAAGACCAUAUCCAUGACAGAUAUUGAGUCGCCCGCAGGACUUGCUCUUCACGCUCCACAGCAGCAAGAACAACAACCAUUCCAUAAUCAGCUGCCUCAGCACAUCACAGAAGGUAGUAUCAGCACUCAAUCGGCAAGUUCUGAUAUGGCACCACCUUACAUGUACCCUGGCGGCACGCCACUCUCCAACAUUCCGGAGAGGGCGAUUCAUGCACAACCAUUCCAGCCCCCUGUACCUAAUUAUUAUUCAUCUUACGCCUCCUCUGGAUACUAUUAUUCUGGACAAUCGACGCAAUAUGGCACCAUGCCUUCUUUCGCUUCAUCCACAGCUCAGCAAAGUUAUGCACCUCUCGAGCCGCCCAUGGCAGGUGACUCUCAGCAAAGUACCAUGGCGCAUGAGAGUAACGGCAUGGUCUUCUACACACAAAUGCCGCAAUAUGCAUCUCAGGAUGGUUACCUACAGCCACAGAACUAUACUGUUCAUGGCAUGGGUGGCAUGAUGACGCCGAGCCCGGAGGGUGCAUACUACUACGCAAACGCCGGUCCAAUGUACUAUUCGCAAGGCCAAUGAGCUCUUUGUUCUCAUUAGCAUGAUGAAAUAAUGCUGAAACCGUGGCCAAGGCCUGUUCGAAGACUUUACUUCAUAGCAUGGAAAGACAGCACGUUCACAAGGGCAAUUUGGCACACCCAACCACUCUUUUUCCUUCCCAGCUACAACCUACUCGUUCUGAUUCUUGGAUACAAUGAUUCACAGGCUUUCUUUGCCAUGCUCAGUCGGUCAGAGAGAGAGUAAUGUGUCAUGAUGUCAUGGUCUCCAGUACUGCGCGACAAGAUUAGCCUGCUCAUGCCGAAAGCUUGCUAGAAGCAUCUCCGGCUCUCGCAGGUGCCGUGCUUCUUUUGAGAAGAUUACUAGAGGUGAUAGAAUAGGCUGAAGAACUUAUACUUUUGCUUCUUGUGUUUUCUCUAUGGAUAGUUGGAUUGGUAGCCGCAGCAACGACAGAGACGUAGCAAGAAUCAAACAAAUACAGACUUCUCGACGCCACGAAAGAAGGCGACUCCAGAG